AUGUUACUCGCCCAUGUGCCGACGGGCAUUCGUAAAAAAACCUGGAAAACAUCUGGUGGCAAGGCAGAUGAUGAGAAGCAAUUAUCGAAGUACGCUGCCAUCGUGUACAACUUACAACCUAUCUUUAAUAUGGUGAUAAGACGUCACGAUUUGGACCUGAAUCUCACUGGAUUCGCCGUGUGCUAUGCUUCGUACUCGAUCCAGGUGGUUACCUGCAGCAAUGAGACGCAGACCCCAAGGGUGAGGCGCACUCGAAAUAAUGUCUCCGACGAUGCAAGCGAAACGUUCAAGAAAGCACACGCCUUUCUAUUACUUCAAAACACUAACACCUCCUGGCUGGAUUUCCCGAAGUGA